AUGAUUGCCAAUGAUACAUCUGAGGCCCAGAUACCUCCAGAGAUGCUGUGGCUGCUGCUGCCUCUGCUAUGGGCAGGGGCCCAGGCUCAGUCUCCAGGAUUCAUGAUGCAAGUACAGAAGUUGGUGACGGUGCAGGAGGGCCUGUGUGUCUCUGUGCCCUGCAAUGUGUCCUACCCCAAGAUUGGCUACACUGAGCCUGACCCAGCUUAUGGAUUCUGGUUCCUGGAUGGAGCUAAUACAAACAACGUUGCUCCAGUGGCUACAAACAAACCAGAUCAUAAAGUGCAGGAGGGGACCCAGGGCCGAUUCUUCCUCCUUGGGGAUCCCAGGAACUACAGCUGCUCCCUGGACAUCAGAGACGCCAGGAAGACACAUGGCGGAUCAUACUUUUUUCGGGUGGAGAGAGGAUCUAUGAAAUUUUCUUUCAAAGAUUACAAGCUCACCGUGCAUGUGACAGCCCUCAACCACACACCUGACAUCCUCAUCCCUGGGAACCUGGAGUCUGGCUGCCCCAUGGACCUGACCUGCUCUGUGCCCUGGGCCUGUGAGCGGGGCACGCCCCUCCUCUUCUCCUGGAUGUCAGCUACUCACCCCUCCCUGGUCCCCAAGACCCACAACUCCUCAGUGCUCACCCUCACCCCACAGCCCCAGGACCAUGGUGCCAGCCUGACCUGUGAGGUGACCUUGCCUGGUGCCAGAGUGACGACGAGAACCAUCCACCUCAAUGUGUCCUACUCUCCACAGAACUUGACUGUAACUCUGUUCCGAAGAAGCAACUCAGGGUCCAUGGCAGUGGUGGUGCUGGUGGCCAUUGCGGAGGCUGUUGUCAAGAUCCUGCUCCUCCUCCUCAGCCUCAUCAUCCUCAUGUGA